UGAAAGGAAGAAUAUGUUCUAAGUCUCUGUAAACAUCCUUGUUUUAUAUUUCAGUCAUCUUUUGUUUAAGGCUAAGAAUCUUAUUCAGAUAUUUUGGACAUCAUCUUUUGCCAAAAAGCUUCGAAUCUUUAGUUUAUGGCAUUCCUGGAGGAAAAGUUUUGCAUCACCGCCAGGUUUGCCUAUCAUUUCUUCACCAACGAUGUUACGUUAUUGAAUUACAUAUUACAGGGAACUCACAACAUUGCUCAUUCAUUCUUAAUAUCCUCACACUACGACGGACCAUGUUCUCUUACUCAACUUCCUUCUUUCUUUGCCUUAUCUUCUUCUCUGUAACACUUUCUCACGUUUUGGGGGAUAAAGUAUUUACUGGAACGUAUGGAGUGAACUAUGGAAGGAUUGCAGACAAUCUACCUUCUCCUCAGAGUGUGGUUACUCUUCUGAAAGCUGCAAAGAUUAGGAACAUCAGAAUAUAUGAUGCUGAUCAUCAAGUUCUGAGUGCCUUCAAAGGGUCAGGGAUUGGAAUUAUCAUUGGGCUACCAAAUGAGUUUCUGAGAGACAUAAGUCAGGGAGAGGAUCGUGCCAUGAACUGGAUCAAAGAAAAUGUGCAGCCAUUUCUUCCAGGAACCAGAAUUCGUGGCAUUGCAGUAGGGAAUGAAAUACUAGGAGGAGGAGACAUGGAGCUGUGGGAAGUUUUGCUGCCAGCAGCUAAAAAUGUUUACACUGCACUUGCUAGGCUCAAUCUGCAACAUCAAAUUCAGGUGUCAAGUCCACAUUCCGAGGCUGUCUUCGCAAACUCCUACCCUCCAUCUGCAUGCACUUUCAGGGACGAUGUGCUUCCUUUCAUGAAACCCCUUUUGCAAUUCUUCUCACAAAUCGGCACUCCUUUCUACAUAAACGCAUACCCCUUCUUGGCCUACAAGAAUGACCCUCAACACAUUGACAUAAACUACGCUCUCUUUAAGAAAAAUCCAGGAAUUUACGAUGCCAAGACUAAACUGCACUACGACAACAUGUUCAUGGCUCAAAUCGAUGCAGCUUACGCAGCCUUGGAGAAGGUUGGCUUCGACAAGAUGGAAGUCAUUGUUUCCGAGACCGGUUGGGCCUCUCGUGGUGAUGACAAUGAAGCUGGUGCAACAGUAAAAAAUGCAAAGACUUACAACAAAAACUUGAAGAAGCUGCUGAUGAAGAAAAAGGGCACCCCUUACAGGCCUAAGAUGGUUGUGAGAGCUUAUAUUUUUGCUUUGUUUAACGAGAAUUUGAAGCCUGGUCCAACAUCUGAGAGAAACUUUGGAUUGUUCAAACCAGAUGGCAGCAUUGCUUAUGAUAUAGGUUUCACAGGACUCACUUCAUCAGCAAUUUCCUUCAAGGGUGUUGGAUCUUUGUAUGUAAUGGUUUCUGCAAGCUGUGCGGCUUUUCUUCUUCUUGUAGCAUUAUAAGCAAUCAGAAGAUUGAAUGUACAACUGAACUCAAUGAUUCUUUGGAUGUAACAAUUUUCAGAACUCACGAGCAAUUCAAACUGUGGAAAUUCUGAAGUAUAGAUAUCUGAUUAACCUUUUUUAUAAAUAUUCAUCUUUAUUAUAUCAACUCACCAACCAAAUAUUAAUUUUCUAAAUA